AUGGCAGCCCGCCGCAGCUCUGCCACGUCAGCAUCCCACGCCCGGAUCGUCGCAGGGACGUUCCUCCUGCUGGCCGCCGCCGCGGCGUCCAAUGGCGUGCUGGCACGUCACCACAUCCCAGUUACAAGCAUACUGCCGUUGCAGGAAGAGGGCACGUCGCCUCCUUCCGCUCCUCCCCCUCCGCCUCCCCCUCCCCCUCCCCCUCUGCCUGUGCCUGCCACGUGCAUGAAGCCUAAGCUGCAGGGCUACUCGCGAACCGUUGCUCUUUCCAGUGAUGGGGCUACUCGCGAACCGUUGCUAUUUCCAGUGAUGGGUGAGGCUCGUUGUUCCCUUCCCCCUCCCUCCUCCCUUCCUCCCCCCGCCCCCCCCUCCACCUCCCCCUCCCUCCCCCCCUCCCCCUGCGCCUCCCCCUCCCCCUCCUCCGCCUCCUUGUUGAUCCCCCCCUCCUCCCUCUUCCCUCUCACUUUUCCCCUCCUCCCUCUUCCCUCUCCCUUUUCCCCUCCUCCCUCUUCCCUCUCCCUUUUCCCCUCCUCCCUCUUCCCUCUCCCUUUUCCCCUCCUCCCUCUUCCCUCUCCCUUUUCCCCUCAUCCCUCUUCCCUCUCCCUUUUCCCCUCCUCCCUCUUCCCUCUCCCUUUUCCCCUCCUCCCUCUUCCCUCUCCCUUUUCCCCUCCUCCCUCUUCCCUCUCCCUUUUCCCCUCCUCCCUCUUCCCUCUCCCUUUCCCCCCCUCCCUCUUCCCUCUCCUUUUCCUCUCCUCCCUCUUCCCUCUCCCUUUUCCCCCCCUCCCUCUUCCCUCUCCCUUUUCCUCUCCUCCCUCUUCCCUCUCCCUUUUCCCCCCCUCCCUCUUCCCUCUCCCUUUUCCCCUCCUCCCUCUUCCCUCUCCUUCUCCCUCCUCUCUCCUCCCUCCUCCCUCUUCCCUCCCACCUAGCUCUCGCUCCCUCCCAUAUGCCCUCCCCACACACCCCCACCCCCUCUCUUCCCACCACUCCCUUGCUCCGCCUGUUCCUCUUGCAUUAAGCAUCAUGCCAACGGGGGGGAUGAACAGAGCACUGGAGGCCAAGCAGGGAGGAGGAAAGGAAAUAUAUCCAUUCCUUUCCCUUGCCCCAUGCACUUCUCUUGCCCCAUCCCCUUCUCUUGUUCCAUGCCCAUCCCUUGUGCGCUUUUCCGACACCAGUCUCUUUCUCUUCCACUGGACCAUCACUAAAACGGGGAUGAACAGAGCACUGGAAGCCAAGAAAGGGAGUGGCGGAGAGAAGGGGUGGCUCUCCAUUGGCUGGGCGCAGCGGGCCAAUCGGAUGCAGCCAGGCGAUGCGAUCGUGGGCAAUGUGCUGCUGCCACGUGGCAGGAGGGUGGCUGCGCAUGCAAUGACGGGCAAGUCAAUGAGCAAGAUCAACGAGACAAAGAGUGUGCAGCUGAAGGGUGCUAGCAUUCUCAAGACCUCUGGCCGCACCAUUUUCAAGUGA